AUGUCAACUCCUGUCGAUCUAAACGACAAUUACAAUAGCGCUGCCAUCGCGCAUGCGUUACUAUCGAACAUCAGUCAAGUCAAUCUCAAUCGACCUUACUACACAGCUACUCGUCGCUCUAAUUGGAGCAUUUUAUACAUACCCGGUUCACCUCCACUGUCUUUAACGUCAACAACAACUCCUUCACCUAGCAACCAUGAUUAUUAUCCAUUCUGGAUAUUACUUAUAAUAGCCAUAUUCGGUAGUGUUACAUCCGUACUAACUGUGUUAGGAAAUAUUCUUGUUAUGCUUGCAUUCUUUCUCGAUCGACAAAUUCGUCAGCCGACGAAUUAUUUUAUACUUUCACUUUCUGUCAGUGACUUUCUCAUCGGUCUUCUUUCCAUGCCUUUACUAACAACAUACAUCUAUGCACAUGACUGGCCAUUCAACGCUAUUAUUUGUGACAUAUGGCUUUCGCUAGAUUAUACUGUCUGUUUGACUUCGAUUUAUACGGUGCUGUUCAUCACAAUCGAUCGAUUUUGUUCAGUUAAAAUGCCAGCAAAAUAUCGAAAAUGGCGAACAAAGCGGAAGAUUAAUCUAAUGAUCACAGUCACAUGGGCAGUUCCUACGCUGAUAUUUUUCACAGCAACGAUGUUCUAUCCACGUCUAAAAGGAGUUUUCAAUCUUCAAAACGGUGUCUGCGAUGUUCAAUGGAAUAAAAGUCAUGUCUUUAAUUUAUGUCUAACGAUUGGUUAUUUCUGGACAACAUUACUUGUCAUGAUUGUUCUAUACAUUUUUAUAUACGAUGUUGCAAGUAAGCUAGAGAAAAAGUCGCAGGAAAAUGCGCGGAAAAUGUCAUCACUCGUUGGUAUGGCAGGAAGUGCCAUGACACAAAUCGGUGUAGGAAUUGGAGUAAAUAAGUCUCCGACUAAGAGCAUACCACAUCGAACAAACCGUAAAGCUGAUUCAAUCAAAAGUAUUAAUAAUGAUUCGCAAAACGAAGCUCCUCGAAAGAAAAUUCAAACGCAACUUAGUAUGAAUUCUUCUGAACAACGCGGUACUAACGACGGCGGUGAUGAUGAGAACUCGAAUUCAUUCGAGUCGCAUUCCGACCUCGAAGCCAAUAAUAUGCAUGAUAAAAAAACUAAUCUCUUCGAUGAUCAUCUACCGCGUCACAACCGUCGUGGUCUCAAUGUGAAUUGGAGUAAUAAUUCGUCAGCGGCUGUUCACGUAAAAACGACAGCAACGACAACGAUGGGGAAGAGUCCUAAUCAUGAUAUUCAGAUUAUUCAAAAGAGUCCAUCAAAUAUGAAAUCGUUUGCACACUCACUCUAUCGUAGUCCAAUGCGUAUCACUGGGAUAUCAGCAACAGGGAAAAUGAAAUCGAAACAAUCGAAUAGUCCUUCCGUAUUGACAACAAAUCUUACACCGAUACCGUCGGAAUCGGAACUCUCACCAGCUCGAAUGCAUCCUCCACCUCAACCACGACCUGAAACAUUAGCGAUCAUGUCCGAUGAAUUGUUUCACGAACGAUUAAAAGCUCGACAAUCACCUUUACUUUUCACUUCGGAACCAUCGCAACAAGUAGCACUGAAUACCGAUGAACCUUCAACAACAAAUUUCUCGUCGAGAUCAUCUCUCGUGAACAAACCUGAUCUAGUCGAAGAUGUACCUCCUAUCGAGGAGGUUCUACCUAAAGAAAAUCGUAUUGAAAUCAAUGCAUCAUCACAACCUCCAUCACCACUCACUUCGUUACCAUCUGAUACACUCGUUGAACCAAUGACUGUUAAUCAUAUCGAAGAUUCUUCCGAUGAAAGUUGGCGAUUACUCAAUAGUAAUAGCAGUCUGGAUAUACCAUACAUCGAUGAAACAGAUUUCGAAGACCUCGGUUAUAUUUUACACCGGCGAUGUGUUCCCAUCAGUAACUCGAAUGAGCCGGUACAUGAAGAAACGAUCGUUUAUAAAUCUCCGCUGUACAUGAAACAUAAACUUCGUUCGAAAUCUUCCACAUCGUCAUUUUCUAAGAACUGCCAGUCUGAUGCUAUUGAAAUUCAUGGUAAUAUCCAAGAUGCUCAUCAGGCAAUCUACCAAUCUCCCGUCUUCGAUAGUGUCGAACUAAUCACUUAUCCUUGUACAAAUUCAAAUCCGUCCUUGGAAAAAUUUCCCAUUCGACAUUGUAGUUUGCGUCAUGUUCCACGUGAAAUGUUGCUAAAGAGAACGAAACAAUGUGCAUCAUUACCCCUAUCAUCAAAUGAUAUUCAAACAGCCACAGCCGUAGCAGGGACAACGACAUCAUCAAUCAUCUUUGUGUCCAAAGCGAAACGACCGCUAUCACAAACAUCCACACCGUUGACUACAUCACCAUCGCCGCAUCGAAAUGCGAAUAUUGAACGUGCGUUGAUUGAAUUCUAUCAAUGUAGUGAGAUCAAUGACAUCGACGAUAGUUUAACCAACAGCGGAAGUGAUAUCUUAUCGAAUUACAAAGAAACAAGUCAAGAUACCUCCUCCCUAUUACGUUUGAACGAGCAAUAUUCAUCCGCAUUCAUCGACGAUGACUACAGUUACCAAUGUGAUAACAAUCUCAUGAAAAUGAUGAUUCUAAAUAAAACUAGUAUCGAUACCACAAGUGACGAACAAACGUUAACAAAUAGUAUCAGUUUAAAUACAUACAGUCAAGAUUGUUCAAUAGAUAAGAUCUUUCAAGCACCGAGUUUGAAUGAAGAAUUAUCUCGAACUAGCUGGAUUAGUUCACCAUCAUCAUCGUCGUCAUCACAAGAUCGACAGAUUCCUCAACAUUUUCUUGCUGCUAUCGAUAAAAAACGUAACACAUCAUCGGAUUCUGAUGCAAUUACUACGACAACAACAACGCUGACCACUAGUACCGUCUACGGAGGAAUGGACAAACGACAGAUUAGCGAAGAAUUACAAACAUCAGAAAUCUGUCCAAUCUUAAAGAAACAUCAUUCGGAAACGUAUCUUCCUGAUAAUGAACUAGCUCAUAUUCACAAUCGGAAUGCAUCGAAAGUAACAUUUGAAAGUUUCGUCACUCAAACAUCGAUUUCAUCCUCACCGAAGACACGAGAUCAGAGUGUAAUGACACAAUUUGAUUUAAAAGAGCCACCUGUGACACCGGAGCCUAUUCAAAAUGAAGUCGAGCCAAAAAACGUACUUACACCCACAACAAAUGAAGUAACAGCAGUGUGUAUAACAAGUUCGGGUUCAACCAAAUCAAGUGUAAGAGAAUUACUGCAAGGUCAGAAGUCCACUACUCGAAGGAAAUCUAAAUCACAAAAUCGAGCGAGAAAAGCUCUCCGAACGAUAACAUUCAUUCUUGGCGCUUUUGUUGUCUGUUGGACGCCAUGGCACAUCUAUUCAGCGGUACAUUCAUUAUGCGAAUCCUGUAAAAACAACUGGAUCUUUUCGAAUCCAAUGUUUCACUGCGUCUAUUUCCUUUGCUACCUUAACUCACCGAUCAAUCCAUUUUGUUAUGCAUUAGCGAAUCAGCAAUUUAAGAAAACCUUUACACGAAUAUUAAAAUUAGAUUUACGUCGAUUAUAA